AUGUGGUCCGAUCGUGCAAUUACUAGCGAUAGAGACUUCUCCGCGCCAGCGAUGCACGAGCGGGAAGCGGAGCGGCUGCUGAAGGCGGAGAGGAGGGCGGCGAGCAGCGCUCGCCUCGUCGCGCACCCCGCUAGCCCCGCUCAACGCGACACACAAUUACCGCCCUCCUCCGGCAGUGUCGUGUCGCCAUCCCUCCUUGCUCUAUCGAACCCCCUCUCGCCCCCGCACGUGCCCUCACACGAACCACCGCCGCCAGCGCGCCACCUUGCUCCCUUGCACAGCGCCACCCCCGCGCACGCCGCCUCUGACGCCACACCGUCGCCUUGUCGCCCGCCCCAUGGCGCGUCGCCCCUCGCGCCUCCCGCGCAGCAGGGUGCCGGCGGUGACUCCAAAUCAUCGCCCUCGCGCCACGUGCAGCGCGUGUUCGUGUCGCUCAUCGUAGUCUUCGCCGCGUCGCUGCUGCUCCUCUCGCAGCUCCCCUUCAUUAUGUCCGUGCUGUCCCCGUUUUUGUCGCCGUUCGAUAUAAGCGUGGAGGAGGCGGAGCAGGUGGAGCAGGCGGGCGCGGCGCAGGUGGGCGGCGUGUGGUCGCAGCUGCGGCAGCAGCGCGGCAGCCUCGCGCUGCUCUUCCUCACGCGCGGCCCCAUCCCCCUCGCGCCGCUAUGGAAAAAAUUCCUCCGGGUGCGUCCCUCCCUCGUGCGCCUCCCCCCGGCGGCCCUCGUCUUCGUGUGUCCCAGCCUCGUGCUUCCCCACUCGUGCUUCCCCACUCGUGCUUCCCCACUCGGCCACGAGGGGCGCUAUUCCAUAUACGUGCAUGCGUCCAACGCGUCCUUCUCAUUCCCGCCCGGUUCCUCGCCUCUCUUCCGCGGCCGCCUUGUGCCGGGUGGAGAGGUGCGGUGGGGCGAGAUGUCGAUGGUGGAUGCGGAGAGGCGUCUGCUGGAGGCGGCGGUGCAGGACGAGGCCAACAGCUUCUUCGCACUGCUCAGUGAGAGCUGCAUACCGCUGUGGCCGUUUGACUACGUGUACAGCUACAUCGCCUCCUCUUCCGCCAGCUUCGUUGACGCCUACUCGGACCCCUACAGCAUGUCGUUCGGGCGGUACAUACCGCACAUCUUCAUGCCCACCAUCCGCCGCCACCAGUUCCUUAAGGGCAACCAGUGGUUCAUCCUGCAGCGGCGGCAUGCGGAGGCGGUGGUGAGGGACACGCUGCACUACACCCGGCACAACCUCAGCUGCGCCUUCCGGUUGCAGUGGGGCAAGCUGUGCUGUGCGGAUGAGCACUACAUUCAAACCUUCUUGCAUAUGACAGACCCACGCGGCAUAUCACGCUACCCCACCACCUUCACGGACUGGAGUGCCAACGAGUGGCACCCCUCACUCUACCUGGGCGCCAACAUGACAGACCAAGUCAUCACCACCAUCAAGGUCGCCCGCCUCUCUGCCACCUUUUGCCAUCACCACACCACCAAGUCUAUGUCUGCUCCCUCUCACACACAUGCCUCCUGUGCGCUCUCCUGCCUGCCCACAAGUUCACCCCCUCUCGCAGCCCGCAGUAAAUGCCACGUGUCACUUGCCAUCAUCCCUGCCAUCCUCAAUCCACACGGUAUCUAUUCCCAUCGCCUUCCUUCCCACCAACCGCACAUCUGCCUCUCCACUCCCCGCCUCCUGCCAUGCGCCACUCCCCACCACUCCGUCAACCACGCUCCCCUGUGGCCGACCGCCUGCCACCAUUCCCCCACCCCGCCCCUCUCCCUCCCAUGUGCGCUGUGCUACCCAUUUGCGCAGAUAACCGACCCCUCUGCACCGCAGCCUCCUCUGGUGAGUCCUCCUCCACCACACGCACGCUGCGUGCUCAUCCCUCCUCACCUCUCCUUCUCCUCGCCCGCACGUGAAUCGUUCUUUCCCAAACGGCUCAUGAGUCGACUCAAGACUCGCCUCGCCCACUCCCCAUCAACCCCCGAGUUGCUCUCCCCAUCAGGCGGUGGGCAACGGGCAGUGUGUGGUGGCGGGGGAGCCGCGCAACUGCUUCCUCUUCGCGCGCAAGUUCCACCCCUCCACACUGCCCUUCCUCAUGCGCAAGUCACAGCAGCUUCUUGGCUUCUAGGGGCUGCCCCACCCACCCAAGCUUCUCUCUUUGAGUCGAUUGGAAGAAUCGGCUGCCUAGGCAGGCAGGCACCUCUCGUGCCUCGAGAGAAGCCUGGAGCAUUUGAGUGGUCAUCUGCUUGUAUAUGUAUCCAUCUAAGCUUCGGUCAGUGUUGUGAAGAGGAAUGUGUAUGA